UUCUCAACACCAGUCAAGAAGAUCAACGACGGUGAUGACCUGAACUUCUUCCUUUCGUCACUGGCGUACAGGAACUUGAUGCAAUGGCUUCUUCAACUCACACGAUCGAUGUUUCCUACCAAAGAAGCCGACGAAAAGUCGAUAUCAACAACCACAUUGGACUCGCCGCCAUCACUCUCGCGAAACGUUCUUCGUCUUCAACAGAUGCUGUCAAGUCUGACGGACUUGAUACAACGAGCUCCACCAGAUACAGGCCCCAGGAGAUUUGGAAAUGUGGCGUUCCGGGAAUGGUUCCGGAUAGCAGAGGAGGACGCCGCCAGUCUACUCGACGAAUACCUCGACGGCAGCCAGCUAUCCGAUCCUGCCAAAGACACACCUCAACGAACAGCUCUCCGCGACGAACUCAAGGUGUACCUUGUCGGUAGCUUCGGUAGCGCGCAAAGACUCGACUACGGAACAGGGCAUGAGUUGAGUUUUCUCGCAUUUCUGGGCUGUCUUUGGAAGAUGGGACUCUUCGAAGACGGCGAAGAACAGUCAAUUGUGGUCGGAAUCAUUCAACCCUACCUCACCCUCAUGCGCCGCCUCAUCCUCACAUAUACUCUUGAACCCGCCGGCUCCCACGGCGUUUGGGGUCUCGACGACCACUCCUUUGUCCCAUACAUUUUCGGAUCCGCACAACUUGGUCCCGCCAUUACAUCAACCGCGCCGAUUCCAACUGAAGGAUCCCUCUCCACCGCUCCAUCGCCCGCGUCCGUGGCCGAUAAAACGCUCGUGCGCGACUACGCAUCAAGUAACAUGUACUUCUCAGCCAUCCAAUUCAUCCACGACGUCAAGCGGGGUCCCUUCUGGGAACACUCCCCUGUACUCUACGAUAUCAGCGGCAUCAAAGAUGGAUGGGGCAAGAUCAACAAGGGUAUGUUGAAGAUGUACGCUGCGGAGGUGUUGGGCAAGUUUCCGGUGGUGCAGCAUUUUCCAUUUGGGAGUCUGUGGCGGUGGGAGAGGGAUCCAGAAGCGUCGCAGCUAGGUGAGGGAUCGAUACAUGCGAUGCAGCAGCCGAAGAGUAAAGAUGUGCCGCCACCGCCGAUGCCGACGAGUUCAGUGGGUACCGCUGCGCCGUGGGCCAAGCAGGGAAGUCAGAUGGGUGCCUCGAUACCGCAGAUGCAAUCUAGCACUGGCCUGCCGUCGACUCGAGCUCCG